UAUUUCCUCUGAAAGAGAAGCUUGACAAGAUACAAUUUGACAAAAUGGGUCAAACUAUGGGUAGAAUGCCUGAAACAUGGCAAGGUCUCCUGGAGGAGAAAGAUCGUGUUUUACACUGGAGUUCCGAAGUCCUGGCAAGAGUACAGGAUAAUGUUACGAAUGAAGAUACAUUCCUGAUGGACUAUGACGAUGACAAGAUCGACGCUAAAAUCAAUACGUGGAUUAAAACCCACCAGACACGGGUUGACGAGACAUUCAAAAAGUUUCCAAAUGCGCCGGAUACGAUAAAAAAUGAUACUGUCAAUAGUGGAAUUGAAAAACUUUUUGAAGAAGUACAAACAAAAAUGCGCAAGGAUUAUCGGAAUGCGUACAACGACAUAAAAAAAUUUAACAAGAAAGUGGACCAGUUGGGCGCGGACGAAAGGAAGAUUCACGCCGAUAUACAAAAGUUGGAGGAAGAAUGCGCGGGAGAUGUGCAAAAGUUCCAAAAGAAAUUCGGACCGUUGCGAGUAAAAGUUUUCGAUAACUUGAGAACCGGCGAAAAAAUGAUAUUCCAAGAUAAAAAAUUAAAAACUGACUUCACUAAAAAGGUGUACGAUAUCGAUCACAAAUAUUCUGCUGACUGUAUGAAGCGCAUCGACAAAAUGCUUAAAGAUUUUGAGAAAAGCGUGAUAAAACAUGAAACGCGCAAUGAAAAUAAUGAUUAAUAUGCGAUUAAAAAAAGUAUACCGUCAAAUCAUAUCGU